AUGAAUGUCAAAGAUGAUUUUCGCGACGACAGCGUUCCUCCAGAAAAGAAUAUGUCGCAUCCAAAUAAAGCCAGUGACCUGAACUCUGUCUGGGCAGGUUAUGCUCAGGUCCCUAAUUUCCCGGAUGGGUUGGAUUGGUUCUUUGAACCAUUCCAAGAGACCGACGAACUUGUUGAUCCCUUCGUACAACAGUACCAACCUGACCUGUCUAAUAUCAUUCAAAUGCCCACUCCACACGACUCUGACUGGCAAGGUGAUUCGGUGCCUCCUGCAGACAUGGAAGAUGUGAAUGCACUCAUGGACACUAACAUAGACUAUGAAACUGAUUGGACCUUUGCCCGAUCGAUUCUCAUCGAUUCCCUUAGCCAGCUCGAUAUAAGCGUUUUGCAAUCUGCCUUUUUCGAGGUCGACAAUUUGAAAAACUUCCUGGAUCUCUAUCUCAAGCACUAUCAUCCACAUUUCCCCAUAGUUCACCACCCGACAUUAUCCGUGAUCGCCUGCCAGCCCCUACUUCUCAUUGCAAUAUUGAAUUUGGGGUCUGCGAUGAGCACGGAUGAGACGCUUUUCCACCUGGGACAGAAAAUUCAUCACUCUUUGAGGUUGAUCAUCCUCAAUAGCGGACACUUUGAGCCUCCAAUCUCCCUCUGGUGCCUUCAAGCCCUUCUUCUAGUCCAAGCUUACGGCAAAAUGAUAUCUUCCCGAAAGAAUUAUGAGAUGGCGCAUAUCUUCCACGGCACGAUCAUAACUAUGAUGAAAAGAGGAAGCAUUUAUCUCACAGCCUCUACAGCGCAGCCGUCUGACCUGAACGAGCUCCCCGAAGCCAGCUGGCGUCGCUGGAUCAGCAGAGAAUCGUGGCGACGAACUGCAUUCUUUGCCUUUGUCAUGGAUGCCCAGCACGCCUGCGUAUUCGGACACUCGCCCGUUCUCUCCGUCAUCGACAUGCGGAUUGCGCUCCCCUGCCUUGAAUCAUUAUGGGAAUGUACCUCGGCAGAGACAUGGCAGGGGAUGAACCAGCCCGAACCAAGCGCACCACACUUCCUGCCAACACUCAAGUCUCUACUUCGAGAGAACGUAGUCCCAGCGUACUGCAGCGAAUAUGCACGCUUCGUGCUGCUGCACGGACUUAUGAGCCUACAAACCCAUCUUCAAGCCGGGACACGCUUGACGCUUGGGAUCGAAAUGGGCAGAUCAAGCGCGACGACAAGAGUCCAGGAACUCAUUCAACACUGCGGGUCGGAAAACAGCGGGGGUGGCAGCGUCGAUGGCAUUCCCGCUUGGGCAGACACGAUCGACGCGGCAUUAGAUACCUGGUCCACGUCCCUUUUCUCUCUCCAACCAUCACUCUGUCUUGAAGCAGCUCGCCCGCUCCACCGCGUUGCCCAAAUAACGUUGCAUGUGAGCUUGCUCGAUAUCCACACGGUUGCCGUAGACCCGCUUUUACCACCUGAUCUCCCACAGCAAAGUUCAGCAUUCACGACUUCCCUCGCCAACAGCAAAACUGCCAAGGCCCUGGUACGUUUACGGCGCUGGGCAUGCACCGAUUCCGCACGCAGUGCUUGUCGGUACGCGCUCAUAUUGGUCAAGGAGACCAUGUUCAGCGGGCGGCGAUACUUAGCCCGCGAAGAUAACGUUGCGCCACGGCCGUGGUGUCUCUAUAUUGCUGUAUUGACGCUCUGGGUGUAUGGCCUUGUUACGGCAGGCCCGGCAUCGGACGGCGACAUGAUCCCUGGCGCAGAAGAAUAUAUGAUUCGAAUGACCCGUGCGAUGAACCAGGCUGGUGCGGCGAAGAGUCAUGUUGGGGGGACGAAGCAGAUCGCUGGCUUGAUCCGUGCUAUGAGGGAUGCUUUGAUGGGAUGUCGGUGGGAGUUACUCCAAGAGGCUCAUUUAGUGCUUCGGAGGUUGGGGGGAGAGACGGUUGCUAGCCCUGGGGAUGAUAAGAAGACUCUUAUUUGA